AUGGAAAAGGUUCGUGAUCCUUUUAUUCAGAAAAUAUAUAAGACUGCAAUGGGUAUGAGAAUUGCUUCUCAGUUUACCCGAGAUUUCAUUUGGGAUUCAGGUGUUGUCUCACUUAUUGAAACCUUGCUUGAUUAUCCCACCUCCCGAGUUAGGACAAGAGUUUUGGAAAAUAUGAUUCUUAUGGCUCCGCCUUAUCCACAUCUAAACAUGAUUGAGACAUUCAUAUAUCAAGUGUGUGAGGAAACCUUAGCACAAGGCUUGGAUUCCACUGAGCAACUGCUUGGAUUAAGGCUGCUUAGACACCUCACUAUGACUACUGCCUAUCACACACUGGUUGCCAAUUUUAUGUCUGAGUUUCUUUCCCUGUUAGUCACAGGAGAUGUAACAACCAGGUUUUUUGUUCUGAAAAUGCUGUUGAACAUGUCUGAAAAUCCUAUGGUGGCAAAAACGCUAUUCAGUACCAAAGCUCUAUCGGUAUUUGUGGGUCUCUUUACCUUACAAGAAGCAUAUGAAAAUAUUCAAAUUGUUAUUAAAAUGUUUUGUAAUAUCAAUACUAUUAUAAGAAAUGGGACAAUAGCCUUAAUUGUUGAUGAUUUUAGUCCUGCGCCAUUUCUGACUGCAUAUCGACAAUUUGAGAAGUUAGCUAAGGCACUAUAA